GCGAGUGAGGGAAACGUGGAUGCAAUUUGACAGACUUGGAAGGCACCCAUUGUGUUUCUGUCUUCUUCUCCUUCCUUGGGGUUAUGCGCUAUGCGCAUGCGGUAUGCGCGUGCAUUCUUGUGAGCACGAAGGGCGGGUACAUACUGGAAACAACAGCGAUGAACGCGCAUAGCCAGGACAGUCAAAAUCGGAAACGUCCUAUUCGUCGAAAGUGUUUGACAGAUAGUUUCUCUGACAAAUCACCAAACAGUAUGUCUUCGCUGAGCAUUAGAUCCGAUCCCUAAACUACCAGCUGCAGGGCAAACGCUCAAUACAAUACACGUAGGCCCAUCAGUAUGGUGUAAGAUCGUCUAAGCAUUGCGCAGCACUGCUUAAGCGUUGCGACCUGGUCAUCAUCAUGGUGUCUGCGAGGGUGCUCCAGCUGUUGGUGUUAGCUUGCCUUGCCCCUGCUCUACCUGCUAUAGGAACUGGCAACUAUUUGGUGACAGCCCCACAAACUGAAGUGGUAGAGAUUGGGAAGAACUUUACAGCUACAUGCAUGAUCAUCAACACAACUGAAGCUACAGCAGAUGAACUCUACUGGACUCUGUCAGCAACUACUAUACCCAAGGAACAGUACACAAAGAUCAAUGGAUCAGCUCUUAAUGUCACUAUCCUUAUCACCGGUGAAGAGCGUGAAUGGUUACUGUGCCGCUGCAAUGAAGUAUCAACCUAUGUUGCCCUGAACAAAGGCAAAUUUAUGCAUGGGAUCCUCCUUAUAAAAGGCUAUCAACCGGAGAAGCCUGAGAAUCUGUCUUGUGUGGCUGUCCAGAAUGGAUCGAUGAUCUCUGACAUCAUCAGCUGUGAGUGGGAACCAGGACGCCAAACCAGAGAUGUCCCUACAAUAUACACACUGCAUGUUAAAAUCGGCACUGCUCAGAGCCACUUAACUAGUACAACAGAAAAAAACAGUGCCCAAGUGCAGUUUGAUGUUUUCCCCCAUUAUAUGCCACUGGAGAUCUGGGUGGAGGCAAAGAAUAAACUGGGAACGGUGGAGUCUGAGCGUCUGCAAAAAGAUGCCUGCUUCUUUGUUAAAACAAACCCUCCAUCAGAUGUCAAAGUCAUUUCAGAGAAGAGUUUUCCCACCUCCCUGCUUAUUAACUGGACUCAUCCUAUUGGGAAAGCAUAUUUGAAAUUAACAUAUCAAAUCAGAUUCUGCCAAAGUGGAUCUCAGAGUUGGAUUUAUGUACCUCGUGUGGACACUGCUAAGGACAUACAGUCCUUCAGACUCCAGAACCUUCGACCACACACAGUCUAUGUCACUCAGGUGCGCUGCAAAAAUGAAAGAGAGGGCCAGGGUUACUGGAGCAACUGGAGUACCAACGCUACCAAGAGAACACCAGAGGACAGACCAACAAGUAAACCGGAUUUAUGGAGAAUCAUUGCAGAGGAUGAUGGCAUAAAUAAACGACAAGUGCGGUUUAUUUGUAAGGAUCCUGUGCUUGCCAAUGGGAGGAUAACAAGAUUCGACAUAAAGAUUCAAACCCCAAAAGAUAAAGUCAAGAAUGAUAGUAUGGAGUGGGAGAGCAUCCCAGUCAACACGUCAGAGGCAGACAGCAGCAAGAUAACUACCCUUAAAGAGAUUCACCUGGCUGACAAGGAAACUGUUAGAGUGCACGUCACUGCCAUCAAUUCUGUGGGGAAGUCUCCUGAGGCAUUGUUAGGCAUCCGUGAAAAAGCACAUGAGCAUGGCCCAGUGAAGGAGCUGAAGGUUUGGUCCCAUGGGGGCCAGCUGUGGCUCGAAUGGAAACCCCCCAACAGUACAGCUGUGUCAGAGUAUGUGGUGGAGUGGGUCAGUGGUGAUCAGUUUGACUGGCAGAGGGAAAACAAAAGCACCAGACACACUGCCAUUAAAGGCAAACUUGACAAGUUUGUUUGCUACAAUUUAUCUGUUUAUCCAAUAUACUCUGGAUGGACUGGGAGGCCAGCAAGUGUACAAGCCUUUCUGGAGCAAGGAGCUCCAUUGGAAGCCCCCUCUGUUACACUGAAUGGUAAACUAGGACGUAACGAGGCUGAGCUGGUGUGGACGGAGAUUCCCCAACACAGACGGCAAGGCUUCAUCACAAACUACACAAUAUUCUAUACAAGCGGGACUGAAACUUACAACGUAACAGUGCCAAGUAACGCAACAUCAUACACUCUGACGUCACUGUCUGGCAACACCAAAUAUGACACUUGGCUCAUGGCUUCAACCAUCGGUGGCUCAGUGAAUAGCUCUAACCACUCAUUUACCACUCUGAAAUAUGCACCCGGAGAGAUUGAGUUCAUCGUGGUGGGAGUGAGCUUUGGCUUUCUGUUUUUCGUUAUUAUGACCAUGCUGCUGUGUUUCUACCAAAAAGAUGUGCUCAAGGAGAGCUGUUGGCCUCAGAUCCCAAACCCCGGAGAGAGCACCAUCGGCAACUGGUCUCCUGAUUAUCCUUUGAAAGCAGAGACACCAAAGGAGAACUGUCUGUCUGGCAUCAGUGUGCUUGAUAUGGAUGUGUGUGAUGGAAAGUCUGUAUUUGAGGAGGAGAAGACCGGUCUGCCUCUGAAGAAGGACAAGUAUCUCUCUGAGGAGCACAGCAGUGGCAUCGGAGGCUCCUCCUGCAUGUCUUCACCUCGCCAGAGUGUGUCUGACAGUGAUGAGGGCGGUGACAUUGCUGACACCACAGCCAGCACAGUUCAGUAUUCCUCUGUGGUGGCUUCCAAUGCUUACAAGGGUCAGAACCCGAGCUCCCAACCUCAGCAGGCCAUUUUUUCGCGGUCUGAGUCCACUCAGCCCCUGCUGGACUCUGAGGAGAACCCAGACAUGUUGGUGCAGGAGGGCAGCAGACAGUCCAAGCGUUUCCCACGACAGUCCUGCUUUACACAGUCUGCAGGGAACCAAGACAGCACCAACCUUGCUGACUUCAACCAGCUGGAGAUGGAGCAGCAGGAGGUUCUGGAACCUCUGGACUUCUGUUCCCUGGAAGAGGACUCUGAGCAGAUAACACCUACAGAUGGACAGCCUGCACCAGGCUCCAGCUAUAUGCCUCAGCUGGGUGGCUACAGGCCACAGUAAAAACACAGACUUGUGUCAUCCAUGUGAAUGGUGCUGUGCCUUUGUUAUAGUCAAAUGUUCAUUUCAAGCCUUUGAGCAGUGAAGAAGACUGUUCAAGUUUUUCUUCAGCUCCUAACCAAGUAUAAAUAAAUAGUCCAGGGUGCUUUGGGACAUUACGUUAAAGCGCCAGCUUUGCACUCACAUUGAAAAAUACACAGCCAUAUCUUUAUAGUACCAUAAUUCCCUAAACAUGCUUUGAGCUACACAGUAAAUGUCACAUAAUGCAUUUCAAAAUGUCUCUUUCUUCUUCUAAAUAUGACAAGUGUGAACACAGUUUCAGGAGUGAUGGACGCUACAGUCAGCAGCCUCAGGAUGAUGUGUGUUUCUCUCCUGGCAGCCCAGUUUGACCAGCAUCUUGCUGUAGCGCCCUCUUGUGGAGUGAUGUUACAGUUUGUUACCAGGGCAUUGUCAUUUCUCACAAAUGUUUUCAGCUCAAGUAUAUACACUGCAUAUGAAUGUAAUCAACUUAAGUUCACACUGACAUGUACAUACUGCUAAUGAAGUGCCAAUGCAUGUUCAAUAAAAAAAGUUUACUUUUACUGUCUUGGAAACAGAGGAAAUGAAAAAUCAAAUGCAUUUCUGUGUAAUUUGUUUUUUUGUUUUUAAUUAAUGUGGCAUAAUUUAGUUCAAGGAUCACCCCACUGUUAAAUUUGUUUCAUUUCAGCUGUAAAAGCAAAACUGAUUCCAUUUACUUUGUCAGAGUAAACAGACAACAGAAGACUUGUUUUCAGUCUUCCUACAAUACCCAGCAUUCACUGUGGAUACUACAGUGCUUUCAGAGCAAGCAUAGCUUUCUUCUCAUCGUAUAAUGUUGAAACAAAAUACUGAAUGUACUGUCAGCCCCUCACUACAAACCCUUUAGCUUUACUCUAAAUGCAUGUCCAGCUGGUGAUUAUCUAGCCUUCCCGUGUUUUUGUAGUCAGCUCAUUGAGACUGAUUGAGCUGGUCCAGCUGUAACAAAUCAAUAGAUUUCUGAUAUUUUCAGACAUUGCGACAUGCAGCUUUGAGUAAUUAUUGUGAAGAAACCUGACAAUGUGAUCAGUCACUGUGUGAUCACUGUGAUUUGGGUCAGACCUGAUCUCAGCAGCAAAAACUCUUAAUGUCUUGCUUAACUACUCUGACUUGAGGACUGCAGAGUUCUUCUGGCCAGAAACAUCCAUUGGAUAAAGUAAGUGUCAUGUUACAUGAAAGACCAGGAGAAAUGUCGACUGAAUGUAGUGGUGUUAACUUUCUUCAAAGCACUAACUUUCAGUGUGAGCUGGGGAAGAGGUCAAGUAUUUCAUUACCUGCCAGUAAUGGUUAAGGUUUUGUCUGUGUUGGAACGCUGUGAAUAACAAUGAAAUGUCAUUAUAAAAUAUGAAAUAAAUGUUUUAACUAA